AUGACUAAUAUUACAUCAAAACAAGUUCCUUGUGUUCUUUGUGGAAAAUUUACAGCACAAGACAUUCUCUUAUCAACCAAUAGUAGUGGAGGCUCGGAUUUGGAUCUUCGUCCACCUCCAAUGAAAAGAGAUACAAUGAGUACAUGGCUUCAAAGAUGUGAUCAUUGUGGAUUUGUUUCCUAUGAUAUUAGUGUAUUGCCUGAGACUGAUGUAGAAAAUCAACCAGAAUCUCUUUCUGCUGAAUUGGUAAAAUCAAUUAUUGAAUCGGAUGAUUAUGUUGAACAAUUCCAUUGCAAGAGUUAUCCUCGAUUGGCUAAUACAUUCCUCUGUUAUGCAAUGUUGCAAGAGAGAGGAUUUAAGAGUAUUCCAGCUUGUGGAUGGGCUUGUUUACGUGCUGGUUGGGUUUGUGAUGAUGGUGUUAAACAUGAUAAAAUCAAUGAGGAAAAGCACAAGGCUAAUGCUAUUCAAUGUAGAAAGAAGGCCAUUCAAUGGUUUGAAAAAUGCAGAUCGAUUGGAAAACCAUUCGUUCAACAAAAUGGUUCUGAGGAAUUAAUUUUAAUGGAUUUAUUCAGAAGGUGUUACAUGUUUGAGGAUGCUUUGAAGGAAUUUACACGUGCUGAAGGUAAUAAGAAAUAUAUUGAUGAAUUUGUUUGGAAAUUGCUUGAAUUUGAAAACCUUCUUGUUGAACAAAAGGAUGUGGAUUGCUACAAAGUCUCCGAUGCACAAAUUUGUUUCAAAAAGGAUUAA